AUGGCCAAGUUCGAGCUUGAGAAAUUUGAUGGUACAAAUGAUUUCUCAUUGUGGAGAGAAAGUCUUAAAGGAAUUUUGAUACACCAGAAAGUAGUCAAGAUUCUUGGAGAUCAGAAGUUGCUGGCUGAUAAGAAACUUGAAGAAAUAUUUGAGAUGGAAGAAAUGGCCUGUUUGGCAAAUAUCGAGCACAAGGUGGAUGAGGAAAGCCAAGUAAUAAUCUUGUUGCGCUCAUUACCAAUGGCAUACCAAGAAGUGAAAGCUGCAAUAAAUUGGAGAAAGAAUCCAAGAAGGAUGAAGCUUACUUUGUUCGUGAAAGAUCAACAAAGAGAAGCUCUUCAAGAAGCCAUACACCAUUUCAAUCGCGUUCUAAAUCAAGAGGAAAGGAUUCAAGAACAUGUUACCACUGUAGAAAGGCAGGACAUAUCAGGAGAUUUUGCAAUCUCUGUGGCAGAAACCAAAGGUGACUGCUCAUCAGAAGGAGAACUUUUCUCAAUAUCUGAGAAAUCAGAUAUCAAAGAGUGGAUCCUUGAUUCAGGAUGCACUUACCAUAUGUAUCCUAACUUAGAUUUAUUUUUUUAUUAUAAAGAAACUGAUGGUGGUAAAGUACUAAUGGGGAAUGAUGUUUCUUGCAAGGAAAUUGAGAUGCAUCUAUGGCACCAACGGAUGGGACAUAUCAGUGAGCAGGGGCUGAGAGAGCUUCACAAACAAGGAAGCAUAGACAAGUUGAAGACCUGUGCAUUACCUUUCUGUGAAGCAUGUGUAUUUGGAAAGCAACAUAAAAUUAAAUUCACUACAGCAAAGCACAAUACCAAAGGAGUCUUGGAGUACAUUCACUCGGAUUUAUGGGGGCCUAGCAAAAUACCAACACACUCAGCAUAUGCACACCAAUCCAAUGAGAAACUAGGCACUAGAUCUGUCGAGGGAAUUUUUCUUGGUUACCAUAUAGGAACUAAAGGUUAUAGACUUUGUGUUAAUCAAAAUGGUAAGCCUAAAAUUAUAAUUUCAAUAAAUGUUAUCUUUAAAGAGCAUGAUUUUCCUCACUUGAAAACCAAGAUUGGUAGUGUUUCAAAUGAUGCAGGUGGAACAAGUGAAAGGAACAUGGCUGAGUUUGAAGUUAAGCUGAGAAACUUUGAAGGAAAUACUCAAGCUGCUGCUGAUAUGAAUGACCAAAAUGAAUUUGAAACUGAGCUAGAUGCAACAGAACAACAACCUGAUCUAUCUGGGUAUCAACUGGCAAGAUAUCGAGAGAGAAGAGCUAUACAACCUCCAACAAGAUAUGUUGAAGCUGACUUGGUGGCUUAUGCACUUGCAUCAGUGCAGCAAAUUGACACACCAGAACCCAACAUUGUUGAAGAGGCUCUUUCAAGGAAGAACAAGGUUGAAUGGAGUCAAGCAAUGAAGGAAGAAAUGGAUUCAUUGAGCAAAAACAGAACAUGGGAUUUAGUUGCAAAACCAAAAGGUCAGAAAAUGAUUUCAUGUAAAUGGAUUUUCAAGGUGAAGGAAGCACAACAAAAUUUAGAAGUAGAACAGCUUGAUGUCAAAACUGCCUUCUUAAAUGAUGCUCAUUAUGGGGAAGAACAAGAUAGUGAUAAAGGCAUCAAAGACAAGUUGAAAGAAGAAUUUGAAAUGAAGGAGCUCAGUCAAGACCAAAAAAUACUUGGGAUAGAAGUGACAAGGAAUAGAAAAGAUGGGAUUCUGAAUCUUAAACAAGCAAGUUAUAAUCAUAGGGUACUUCAGAGAUUCAACUUGCAGGAUUCAAAGAGUGUUUCAGUACCUCUAGGAGGAAAAUUUGUACUUUCAAAAGAUCAAAGUCCAAAGACUAUCGAAGAGACAAAGGAAAUGGCAAAAGUCCCUUAUGCUAUGGCACUAGGGUGUUUAAUGUACAUCAUGGUCAGCACUAGACCAGACAUAGUACAUGCUCUAAGAAUUCUUAGCAGGUUUAUGUUCAAUCCCGGAUUAGAGCAUUGGAAUGCUCUUAAGUGGCUACUUAGAUAUCUAAAGGGAACUACUGAGAUGGGACUGAGAUACAAGUAG